AAUUAUUAGAGCGGAUCAAAGAGGUCAAAGAGGUCAAAGAGAGGUAUCCCGGAUAUUGGAACGCACGCAUGAUCCAGAAUCAUUCAAAUUAUUGACGACGGAGAGAUCUUCUACCUGGAAGUCGGACAAGGGAGCCAAGAAACAAGGAAAUAGACAGAGACGAGCUCAAGCGCUCGGUUUGGUUCGCAACAUUCGAUCACGUCCACGAGCGCCCACAACCUGCCAGUGAACCCAGUUCACCGACGUUCAGCUUCAGCUAUUCAGUGUUCUACUACCUGGGGACCAAUUUCACAUUGUCCAAGUUGCCUUGCAUGUCCUCCGUGCUUGCCUUCAGAUUACAAAACCCUCUUCCGCAGCUCGUUCGAACAUGGGUGAACAAAGCACAGUUCCGACCUGUUCCUCCUCCACGCUGUAUGUACCCUCUUGGGCUGCAUCUCAGUGGAUCAACUGAACAUGUGUCAUUCACUAUUCCAUUAGCGCGACUUGCGGGUCCGACUGACUUUUUGAAAGCGAUUGGUCGCUCAUCAGAAACAAAAUUCGAAGCACCGGCGACGUGGGAGGAGUUUUGGAAAGUGGAUGGAAAUACGUUGAAGAAAGCUGGAGUACCUGUCCAAGACCGGCGGUACAUUCUAUGGUCCAUGCAGAAGUAUCGCAUGGGUGAGAACCCGGAGGACUUUGCGCACGCUCCUACACCUAAGAAGAAGAUUCGUGGUCGGGGCCCAGCGGUUCAAUUGGGGAAGCGGAUCAGGUCUAGGAGACUUCGGUAGAAUGUGUUCUCCUGUACACUCCCUCGGUUUCCUUGUCAUUACAUCCAUUCGAUCAUUAUAGCUGUGUGAUCGGGCUAAAAACUUCACCACUUGACUGAAGUCAUGAUAUUUGUGGUGGUACACAUAUCUUUCGGGCGACGAUAAAAAGCUCCG